ACACUACCACCCCAUUCCCAACGUAUUUCAACCAGAAACGGACCCAAACCCUUUGUAACACGUUCUAUUUUGUCCACAGAUGCGUCAGGGGUCAUGCGGCGGCUUAGAGGGGCAAAGAUGUGCAAUUAUGCGUAGACACGACAACUAGGCACUAUGGCGCUGCUUCUGACUCUCGGCGCUUUGGCGCUCAUGAGUAGGACGGGAGGCACAGACAACACGAAUGCGGUGGGCACAGACGGCGUCCCGGAGCUCGACUACGCGGACGUGGAGUUGGGCCUGCACCAGAGAGGGCCGUUCUUCGACGUGGCCUACUCCAAGAAUGUCACCGCUCUCGUCGGCAAGACCGCACAGCUGAACUGCAGAGUGCAUGAGCUGGGGAAUCGGACGGUGUCGUGGAUCCGGCACCGCGACAUCCACCUGCUGACGUCGGGCCGCAUGACCUACACCUCCGACCAGCGCUUCGUCAGCGUGCACAACCCGCACACCGAGGACUGGAUCUUGAAGAUCCGGUUCCCGCAGCGGCGUGACUCCGGGGUGUACGAGUGCCAGGUGGGCACCACGCCGCCCAUCGGGCACCGGAUGUACCUCUCCGUUGUCGAGCCGCUAACAACGAUCCUGGGCGGGCCCGAGCUGUUCAUCAACCAGGGCAGCACCAUCAACCUGACGUGCGUGGUGCAACACUCCCCCGAGCCGCCGCCGGCCAUCCGGUGGACGCACAACGAUGAGGUACGGUGGACGUUUAAUGAACAGGAGAUAAACUACGACUCGCCGCGCGGCGGGGUCUCAGUCAUCACGGAGAAGGGGGAGACCACCACGUCGCACCUGCUAGUGCAGCGCGCGCGGCAGCCGGACUCCGGGCGGUACACGUGCUCCCCGGCUAAUGCCAACCCGCGGUCCGUGCUCGUGCAUGUGUUGAGCGGAGAGCACCCAGCGGCGAUGCAGCACGGGGGCCAGCUGCGCAUCCAGUACCCGCUAUCGGCUGCCCUGCUCAGCGUCAUCGUGACCAUCAUGGGCUGCUAGUACCCACACCCACUCAUGCCACCCUGGUACUCGUACAUCGGGUCAGCGAAAUGGGGGAUUUAGACGGAGUUUUAACUGUUUUAUCACAAAAAAGUUAAGCUUGGUUUAACAGGACUUAUGGUCUGAUUCACAAUGUCUGCAUAAUGGAUAUCUGUGGGAUACAUGCUGCCACUGUCUAAAACAUAAUGACAGAGAGUGUCAGUAUAUCUUUUGUCCAACAUGUAGCCAUUAUCCAGACAAUGUGAAAGAGGCCCUUAGACACGGGUUUUGACAGAUACUUUAGGUGUUUGGAAGACAAAAUACACCUUGUUUGUUUAGAUACGCGUCAGGUUUUUGUGGUAAGACCGUUAGAGCGGUUUAGAAGCAUUUAUUGUAAGGUGAGGUUUGAUUUCGAGAUAGAAUCUUGAGUCAAACUCGCUCUGCCAGAUUUUCCUCUGUAUGUAACAUUACAUUUGUAAAGACCUGUUCAUCAUGACUUAUAUUUAAGGUCUUUCGCUGAUAGCUCUCUAGUAAUAAUUUAGACUCUAGUUUGUCACGUAAAGGUUCAUAAUGGCUUAAUUUUCGACUGUAAUUAGUCAUUCAGUCCGUGACUACAGAAGCGUCACUCUAGCUUGCGAAAAACGAAUUCGGUACGCUAAGGCCGUGUUCGCACCGCGAAUAUUUCGCCACGCGAAUAUUUUUCCGCAAUUCUGUAACACAUUAUACGCGCGAAGGAAAAUUCGCGCGAAUUUUUUCCCGCAAGUACGGAUUUUCUCAGCUGGGAUCUGCAUAGAAGUAACAAUGUUCGCGCGAAAUUUUAUUCGCGGUGUGAAGAGGCGAACUUCGAGCGCGGAAUAUAAUUCGCGGAAUUAAUUUCGCGCGGCGAAAUAUUCGCGGUGCGGACACGGCCUAAGACUCUAUCUCGUUGUAUUAAACGUACCGAUGGCAUGACAGUUCAUUCAUUCGUUUAAUGUCAAGCUAGAGCAACCUUUCAGAUUGUGUGGAAACAUGGUGUGAGGCCGCACCUUUGACCUUAGGAGUGAAAGC